CCUGGCAAAUGACCUGCAAUGAAGGGGGAUGACUGUAAUGGGAUUUCCAUUCAGGAAACAUAAUAAGAGAUUUGAGCGUUUUGAAUUGCGAGGUGGUCAAGGAACUAACUAGUAUCUCUUGACAUCACUGUAUUUUCUUCAUGACUCUGAUUGGCCAAAAUGGUCGUUAGAGCGCCACCUGUACUUUGGCAAUUUCUUAACAGCCUGGUAAUGUGAUUUUUGGUUUGGAGAUGUAAAAUGUCCGUUACGGCCAAUGCGUUUAUUCUAAAUAUAAUUACAAUUAAUGCGUGGUUAAAACGAGUCACAUUUGUUGCCAGACACCGAGAGGCCAAUUCAAAGUGACGCCGGCACGAGGCAUUGAGAGGCUCCCAGUGGGCUGGUCACGUGCCCACGCCAGGGGAGCGUCAGUUCUAGUUCGUGGUCCGCGUCUCUUUCUGGAUGCGGACGGAACACGCACAGCAGAUCCAGUCCGGCGAUCUCGUGUUUUGGGGCAUCGCCGUCCACACAGCCCGCGGCGACGCGGGAUACACCCACCACCUGAUCCACAUACUCGUCCAAACUUCUGUCCGCUUGAUCCUGUCAAGUGUCACGGCACAAGAGCGGCGCUGUCAGGACGAAGCUUCGUCGCGCAUUCCGGGUGGAAGAUCACAGAUGGAUGACUUUGUCCUUCCCACCCUGACGGCUUUACAUACCUCUGGCAGGAGAAGCUGCAAGUGAUCGUGCCGCAUUGAGGUAAAAGACCAGCUUCUGUGGUAUUUGAUGUUGCCUUUAGAUAGGUUCAACUGAAGAUGGAAACACUGGAGUCUGAGCUGACCUGCCCAAUCUGCCUGGAAUUGUUUGAAGAUCCUCUGCUCUUACCGUGCGCCCACAGCCUGUGCUUCAACUGCGCCCACCGCAUCCUGGUGUCUCACUGCUCGUCCAGCAAACCGCUUGAGUCUGUUACGGCCUUUCAGUGCCCCACCUGUCGUUACGUCAUCACGCUGAAUCACCGCGGGCUGGAGGGCCUUAAGCGCAAUGUGACGCUGCAGAACAUUAUAGACCGCUUUCAAAAGGCCUCCCUGAGCAGCCCCAAUUCGCCUACUGAGAGCCGGCGCCUGCAGCGGCCCUACACCGCCACCAUUAGUGGCACAAUAGCCGGAACAAUUGGCGGCGGUGGUGGCGGUGGCACGAGUGGAAGCAGCGCCCGGAGCAGCCCGGCCACUUCCAGCCACCCCCACCCCCACCCGCACGCCAAUCACACCAAUCACAUUAACCACACCAACGCCAACCACAGCCCGGCUUUUGUGGCUAAAAUGGAUCCGCGCGUCUGCUGCCAGUUCUGCGAGCAGGAUCCGCCUCGCGAGGCCGUCAAGACGUGCGUCACGUGCGAGGUGUCGUACUGUGACCGCUGUCUGCGAGCGACGCACCCCAACAAGAAGCCCUUCACGAGUCAUCGCCUGGUGGAGCCUGUGCCGGACACGCACCUCCGCGGCCUAACCUGCAUGGAGCACGAGAGCGAGAAGGUCAACAUGUACUGCCUGGUGGAUGACCAGCUCAUUUGUGCCCUCUGCAAACUGGUCGGGCGGCACCGGGAGCACCAGGUGUCUUCCCUCACCGAACGUUUUGACAAGCUCAAAGCUUAUCAGAUGAGCCCGGGCAGAGUGUCAGAUGCGGUAAUGGAGGCUUCAAAGACAAGCGCUGCGCAAACCUUGGAAAACAACUUGACCAACCUAGUGAAGAGGAACAGUGAACUGGAGAACCAAAUGGCCAAACUCAUCCAAAUCUGCCAACAGGUUGAGGUGAACACUGCCAUGCACGAAGCCAAGUUGGUGGAGGAGUGUGACGAACUGGUGGAGAUCAUCCGCCAGAGGAAGCAGGUCAUUGCUGUGAAAAUCAAGGAGUCCAAGGUGAUGAAGUUGCGUAAAUUGGCCCAGCAGAUUGCCAACUGCCGUCAGUGUCUGGAGCGCUCCAGUGCCCUCAUCACACAGGCAGAACAGAGCCUAAAGGAAAACGACCAUGCCCGCUUCCUUCAGACCGCCCGAAAUGUGGCUGAAAGAGUUGCCAUGGCGACGGCCUCCUCCCAGGUACUCAUUCCUGAUGUCAAUCUGAAUGAAGCUUUCGACAACUUUGCCCUGGACUUUUCGAGAGAGAAGAAGAUUCUGGAAGCCCUUGAUUACCUAACAGCACCCAGCCCGCCAACCAUCCGAGACGAGUUGUGCACAGCGUCUCACGACACCAUCACUGUUCACUGGACAUCUGAGGACGAGUUCAGCGUCACCUCGUAUGAGCUGCAGUACACCAUAUACACUGGCCAAACUAAUUUCAUCAGUUUGUACAACUCUGCUGACAGCUGGAUGAUUGUGCCCAACAUCAAGCAGAACCACUACACGGUGCACGGCCUGCAGAGUGGCACGCGCUACGUCUUCUUCGUCAAGGCUAUCAACCAGGCAGGAAGCCGCAACAGUGAGCCGACCCGCCUCAAAACCAACAGUCAGCCUUUCAAAUUGGAUCCCAAAACGGCGCACAAGAAGCUGCGUCUUUCCAACGACUGUCUCACCAUGGAGAAGGACGAGAGCUCUCUGAAGAAGAGUCACACUCCCGAACGCUUUGGUGGAACGGGCUCAUACGGGGCCGCCGGUAAUGUGUUCAUUGACAGCGGGUGUCACUACUGGGAGGUUCUGCUGGGAGCAUCCACAUGGUAUGCCAUCGGCGUGUCUUAUAAAUCAGCCCCUAAAAAUGAAUGGAGUGGCAAAAACUCGUCGUCGUGGGUGUUCUCGCGCUGCAACAAUAACUUUAUGGUGCGCCACGACGGCAAGGAUAUGCUGGUGGAGGCCAGCCUGCAGCUGAGGCGUCUGGGUGUCCUGCUGGACUACGACAACAAUUCGCUCUCCUUCUACGACGCCAUGAACUCCCAGCACAUUCAUACCUUUGAAAUCUCCUUCCUCCUGCCCGUCGUACCCACCUUCAUGAUCUGGAACAAGUCGGUCAUGAUCCUCUCAGGGCUUCCCGUGCCAGAUUUUGUGGAGGGAAUGUCUCUGGAUCAGCAGGAGCAGCAGCAGCAACAGCAGCAGCAGAUGGGCCUGUGCCGACAAGAGUCGCCCUAUUUGACCGGGAUGAAGUCCUGCCACUGAAGGCACGCAACGCUAAGGACAGUCCUAUCCUUCCCAGUGGUGGACUGAUCCAUGUGGUCAGCGUGACUGCUGCAUCUAGAGUGGACCUAAUUACUUUCUACCGGAUGUAGAAAAGUGUCAAAACGUACACACCGCUCGAGAAAAUUAUUCAGUCCUUAGGACCUUUAAAAUCAUACAACACCUUAAUUAUGCAUCAGAGUUUGGAAAGUUGGAAACCUCAACGGAGCUGACAUUAACAACCCAAACUCGCUCAGUACGUUUACAUGGCAUUCGAGAAUGUUUUAUUGUGUCCUUUUGUUGAAGUGUAUCCCAAUCACUGCAGUGCACAGUUGAAACUGAAUUCUAACUAGAUGUUCCAUACUUGGAGGUUUUUUAUUUCAUUGCACCCAUGCAAAGCUGCCAUUGUAAUGAAAUAGUAAAAGAAAAUUUUAAGAGUCCACCCACACAUACAGCAUAAAAAUUUUCUUUUUGAUUUUUGAUAGUCUGACUGUAACAUGACUGACAUGCACGCAACAGUACACAUUGUCUGUGCUCCAAGUCGUGACUCUCAAUCAGUACUUGAAUCCAAGUUAGCUUUGACUUUCCAUUGCAAGUGACUAACCGGUUCUGUGUGAGUCACAAUUAAAAAAAAAAAAAAUCAAAAAGCUUUGCAUGUUUGCACAUGUUAACGUACUGACUGUAGAAGAGGGUUUGCUCUGUUGGUCAGCGUCAUCUUUUCUUGACCUCUCGAGCUCUUCCUACUUGAUUACUUUCUUCCAGACUUCAAUCUAAGUCCAAGAGAGUGAAGGCAAGAGUUUCCGCAUGGAACACUUGACUCUGGGGUCACUAAAAUACAUUUUGUCUUAUAAUCUACCCAAAACAACAAAUAUCACGGAUCAUGCAUUGCUCCCUCAAUCUACUGUAAAUUCCUUGACUGGAUGUGAGGAACUGACCCAAAAGGCUUGUUUGCAUAAGAGGGUCAAUUUUGCAUUAUCUGUCCUGUAUAAUAAGAGUUUUAUUGAAAAAGACAAAUGUUAUUUAUGACAGUUUACUUUGAUUAUUAACCAUAACAAAUCCACAAAACACUAUUUAAUAACACUUCCCCUCUAUUGGUGUUUACUGUAAGUAGCUGCCGUGAAAUCAAUGGAUCUUUAUGGGAAAGUGUUAACUUGACUGUUCUCCACAUUGCUACUUCCCAAAGGUAUUAUGUUGUGGUUUUUAAUCACACAAAAUAUUGACAAAGUUGGUGUUUAAAAAAAAAACUUUAUAAUGAUGAUUGGGGAAGGAGGUAGAUUUUACACUUGAACUGUCACAUCAUAGCAUGAUUGUGUUUUCCUGUCAAAUGUCAGCUGACCAAACACGCACGCACACACAAAUGUUGUUUUUUUUUGUUUUUUUUUUUUUUUUUUGUUUUGUUUUGUUUUUGAGGGUUGUCCUGUUCGUGAUAAUGCAUGAUAACACUGGUGGACCAGUGUUGGUUCAGUGAGUGAUUUCAUUAGCUCUGUCAAGUAGUACACAUCUGUCAAAUGCAAACUCAGCCACACAUUUGCUCGCAAUGAUUUUAAAACCCAUCUCUUGCCACCCAUCCAGAUCCAAUUACCACAUUGCAUUUUGGAAGGUGAAAAAUUCGCUUUUGAAGGUAUAGAUAUCAGAAUCACAACUCAAAAAUCAUCAAGUAGCUGCUGUUACUCAUGUGUCAAAUAAACAUCCAGUAUUGCUUCUCUCCUCCCUUACCAAUGAAAAGUAGUCCAAUACUUAAAUUGUAGCACAUGCAUUGUUGUGGACUGGUUAUGUCACUACCGGUAUGUCUCGGUUUUGCUAGAAUGACAAUCAAUAAAGCACAGACCUCCACAAAGGCCAAACAACCUUAGAUAUGCCAAUCUGGCUCAAUUUGUUGAAAAAUCCUGAUGUGCUGACAACUUUACCAUACCAGCCUGAUAUGUGGGGGGGGGGGAUAUUGACACUGCAGAUGGUGUCAGCUAUUCUGUAAGACACACAACUCUCUCUCUCUCUCUCUCUCAUAUAUAUAUAUAUCAGAGCCCCCCCAAAUGAAUUUGUUUAAGGUGGGUGUGGCAUAACCUUUACCUUGGGUAGUGCGCUAAUAAAUGUAACUGUAAGGUAGAAGAAUAAAGUAAUGCUCGAUAGCACAAAGAUGAAUAUGAAUGAAAGUUAUAUAUGAUUAAUUAUGCAGAUUGGUGUACAAUACAUCAUGUAAUUCGGAUUUGUGAUUUCUAAAUGAUCUACUGAAUGCAAUGAGCCCUACUUAGCUACAAUGCAACAUUUUAAUCCCAAAGAAAAGUACCGCUCUGCAUAAAAAUGUAAUGUUUUCACUUGGCCUAUACACCAUGUCUCUAAGUAUUGAAAAAUAGGAAAAACGUUUGGGAACUAGCAAACAAACCAACAAUGGGAAUCAAUCGGAUUGGCUCAUGUUUGGCCCAGGUAACAGCCUGCGUGCAGGCCCUCCACAACAUACUACAUACACAUGUUGGACAUAAAGGUCAUAUAAUGCCAUCAAAACAAUACUGUGCUAUAAAUUACAAUUUACAGAUAAGUGAAUGUGAAUUUUUGCAAAAAUGUGGUUCAUUAAAAAGUAUAUGAAUUUACAUUGCAAUACGUUUUGCACAAAGGCCUGUUAAAUUUGUGCGAAAAAAUGACUUGUGAUUGAAAACACAAAGCACAGGUAAAAUACGUACGCAUUGUUCUUGCAGGAAUGUUUCCAAAUCGUCUUUGCAAGUGUGCUCGUCAAGUCAAUGCAUGACCUUGCCGUAGGUUCAAGAAUUCCUCAACCAUUUGAGUUGCUUGGCAUAUGGUGAAUUUUAGUUUUGGAGUGUGUUGCCCCC